AGGCGGAGCCGCGACUCGCUCGCAGCAUCAUUCGCGCGCUAGCUUUCGGACGAGACGGUACCCUCACCGGCCUCAGCUAUGGGGCCCCCGACUAUCCUAAAGUACCUUCUCCUCUGUAACGCCUUCCUCCUAUCCCUAUCGGAAUGCCCGCAACGCUGUGUGUGCGAUCGCAACUCGGUCCGCUGCCUGCACCAAGGCCUGCAAGCCGUUCCGAAGGCGCCGCCAGAAGCCCACACGCUGGACAUUCGCUUCAAUCGCAUCUACGACAUCGCUCCAGGAGUGUUCAGUCACUUGCACCGGCUGCGUUCCCUGCUGCUGAACGACAACCAGCUCAGGGAGGUACGCUCGGGCGCCUUCCAUGGCCUCCGGAGGGUGAAGUACCUGUACUUGUACAGGAACAGGAUCCGACACAUCGAUUCCGAUGUAUUCCAGGGCAUGAUCCACUUGGAACAACUGUACUUACAUGUCAAUGAAAUACAUCAGAUUGAGCCCGAAACUUUCUCGAAUUUGCCACGGUUGGAACGACUGUACUUGCAUAAUAAUAACUUGAAGACAAUACCGCCCGGAUCAUUCCGGGGUCUACCGAAACUACAAAAGCUAAGGUUGGAUAGCAAUGCUCUUAUUUGCGAUUGCUCUAUGCUUUGGUUUGUUCGAAUGCUCUCCGAACACACUGACAUGAGCAUCGCUGCCACGUGCUAUGGCCCAUCGGGCAAUAUGGGGACAUCUUUAGCAACAAUGAAGGAAUCCGACUUUAAUUGUAAACGACCUGAAUUCGAAAAGGAACCUGAAGACGUCGUUGUUAACUUCGGUGAUGAUGCUAUGUUUGUUUGUUACGCAACUGGCGAGCCAACUCCAGAAAUUGUUUGGUAUCGCGACUCGUCCGUUAUAAACGUAGAUACGUCAAGAUACGAGGUAAUGAAUAAUGGAACACUUAUGGUUCACCAAGCAGAUGAAAAUGAUGUCGGCAUCUUUGAAUGUACAGCAAAGAACCCAGCUGGGGAAAUACGUUCUAAACCUGCAAGAAUGAUGAUGCAGAGUAAACCUAAUGAAAAUGACUAUCCCGUCUUCACAGUUUUGCCGCGAAAGCAAAUGGUUCGAAUCAAUCAAAAAUAUGUAGGUUUCGAUUGUGUUGCUACUGGCAACCCAAAACCUCACAUAUCAUGGUUGUUCAAUGGAGAAAGAAUUCUUCUAUCCGAUCGACUUUCUUUGCGACACAAUGGAUCAAUUGUCAUAGAAAAUGUACAGGACAUAGACGCUGGUACCUACACAUGUGUAGCGGAAAACAUCAAUGGAAAAAUAUCAGCUUCUUGCACACUUGAAGUCAUGGUCGCUCCUGCAUUUAUUUUGGUUCCAAAGGACGAAAAGGUAGCUGUUGGAGAUAAGGUUCAAUUUACUUGCACUGCUCGUGGUGUUCCGAAACCAGUCAUAACUUGGUAUAGAAAUACUAUGAUUCUUCCUCCAAAAGAAAACCUUAUCUUGAGUAACAAUAAUCAAAAUUUGACCAUAACUGAAGUUACUGAAGACGAUGAUGGUAUUUACCACUGCCGAGCUGAAAAUUCGGAAGGUUUGACUGAAAUCUCUGCUAUUUUAAAGGUGCAGGAAGUGCCAGUAGUUUCACCAAAGAUUGUCACACGCCCAGAAGAUAUUGAAGCCUAUAAAGAAACCACAAUACAAAUGCCAUGUGAAUAUGAAAGUGAACCGCUUGCUAAUAUUGAGUGGAGAAAAAAUGGAAACAGAAUAAUACCGAAUGAAAGAUUUACGAUCACCUUGAUUGGAAGUUUGGUAAUUAAUAAUAUAUCGUUAACUGAUACAGGAAGCUACGAAUGUUCAGUCUAUAAUGAUCACGGCAGAGAUACCGCAUCAGCAUACUUAACAGUGAAAGAUCAUAUUUUGCCUGGCGAUGAAUAUGUCAAUAUAGCCUUGACUGAAGCGACACGCGAUGUAGACCAGGCUAUUGCGCGUACAAUUGAACAAAUGUUUACGAAUCGAAGCGGAACAAGUGUUCACGACCUUUAUAGAUUCACAAGAUUCCCUAAUGCACCCGCCAGAGAAAUUGCAAGGGCAGCGGAAAUCUAUGAGAGAACGUUAGACAAAGUUCGUGAAUAUAUUCAAAGGGGAUUGAAGGUAACAACGGUGGAACCGUUCAAUUAUGAAAAUAUUUUAUCAACUAAGCACUUGGAUAUUAUUUCACGUCUCUCUGGCUGUGUGGCACACAGGAAAGCACAAGAUUGUUCUAAUAUGUGUUUCCAUAAAAAGUACAGAUCCAUCGAUGGAAGCUGCAAUAAUUUUGAAAAUCCAACAUGGGGAUCAUCUUUGACGCCUUUUAGGAGAAUUCUUUAUCCGAUUUAUGAAAACGGUUUCAGCCAGCCAGUAGGAUGGAAUAAAGGAUUAAAAUAUAAUGGAUUUUCCCUACCCAGUGCCAGAUUAGUUUCCACAAAGGUUAUUUCGACAAAAAACAUAACUGGGGACGAGUAUCUGACUCAUAUGCUUAUGCAGUGGGGACAAUGGCUAGACCAUGAUUUGGACCAUGCUUUACCAUCUGUUAGUGACCAGACUUGGGAUGGAGUUGACUGCAAAAAGACAUGUGAUUAUGCGGCACCAUGCUUCCCCAUUGAUGUUCCUCCAAAUGACCCUCGUAUUACAAAUCGUCGAUGCAUAGAUUUUAUUAGAACAAGUGCUGUAUGUGGAUCUGGCAUGACUUCAGUUUUGUUUGGAAACCUUGAAGCUAGGGAACAAAUCAAUCAGUUAACUUCUUUCAUUGAUGCUUCCCAAGUAUAUGGUUUUGAAAACGCUGUUGCUGAAGAUUUAAGAGAUCUGACCAACGAUAAUGGAACAUUACGUGUUGGAGCUACGUAUCAUGGUACAAAACCACUCUUACCAACAACUGGUAUCAAUGCUAUGGAUUGUAGGCUCAAUUUAGUUGAAAGCACACGGAGCUGUUUUGUAGCUGGUGACAUACGAGCUAAUGAACAGAUUGGACUAGUAGCCAUGCAUACUAUAUGGAUGAGGGAACAUAACCGACUUGCGAACAAAUUGAAAGCCAUUAAUCCAUUCUGGGACGGCGACAAGGUUUAUCAAGAAGCCAGGAAAAUUGUUGGUGCUGAAAUGCAAGCUAUAACUUACUAUCAUUGGUUACCAUUGAUUCUUGGUCGUGAGGGAUAUGCCCUUCUCGGUGAUUACACUGAAUACAACCCUGAUGUAAAUCCGUCUAUCUCUAACGUAUUCGCAACUGCAGCCCUUAGAUUUGGCCAUUCGCUUAUUAACCCAAUUCUACAUCGUUAUGAUGAACAUUUUGAACCUAUACCACAGGGACAUUUACUAUUGCGAAACGCGUUUUUCUCUCCAUGGAGAAUUGUUGACGAAGGAGGAGUUGAUCCACUUAUAAGGGGCAUGUUUAUGACACCAGUGAAAUUGAAAACACCAACGCAGAACUUGAAUUCGGAACUGACUGAGAAACUCUUCCAUACAGCUCACGCCGUGGCACUUGAUUUGGCCGCUAUUAACAUUCAAAGAGGGCGUGAUCAUGCUAUUCCGCCAUAUACUAAAUGGCGCAGUAUUUGUAACAUGUCUGAAGUGAAUGAUUUUGAUGACUUAGCAGGUGAAAUAUCAGAUAAAGGCGUUAGGGAUAAGUUGAAGGAACUUUAUGGCUCUGUACACAAUAUCGAUGUUUGGGUCGGCGGAAUCUUGGAAGAUAUGUCUAAAGGUGCUAAAGUCGGGCCACUUUUCCGCUGCAUUCUUAUCGAACAGUUUAAGCGUUUGCGUGACGGAGACCGACUUUGGUUUGAGAAUCCCCUUACAUUCAAACCGGAUCAAUUCAAAGAAAUCCAAAAGACAAAUUUGGCUCGAAUUUUCUGCGAUAAUGGUGAUAAUAUUGACACGAUUGGUGAGAACGUAUUUAUACUACCAGAAAUACAAGACGGUCUAACAUCGUGCGAAGAUCUUCCGUCAAUUGAUUUAAGAUAUUGGAUGGAUUGCGAAUCUUGCGGCGAUGACAAUGACGUAGAAAAGACACGAGUACGUAGAGAAGCUUCAAUGGAUCCGAACCACAACCAGCUGAUUGAAAAUGACCACCGCUUGGAAAUUCUAGAAGAAUCUCAAAAUGACUUGUUUAAAAUCGUCGAAGAUCUGCAAAGAAAAGUGGAGUAUCUCGAGAACACUUGCCAAAAAGUAUAAAGUAGACAUUAACACUUUCCGUGACGAUCGAUUGUACCUAUAGAUAUUUCAUCCAUUGACACGGCGUUACGAUACUGGAAAGCUGCAUUUGUAAAUAUUAAACUAAAAUAGAUAUUGUUCACAUAAUUCAUAGAAAUACUAAUACAAAUAACGUUAACCUCGAUGUGGUAAAAACUUCACAGAGAGCAACAUCAAUUACAGAUACCAGUCCGUGGUUGAUAGGUGAAGUUUUUAAUACUUGAGCCUAAAUCAUAUAAAUGUCAGUAAAAAAUAAAAAAACAAAAAAAAA